CCCCAAUUUCUGUUGAAAGUAUCAAGUUAAUAUUAGUUUAAACUGUAGAUAUAUUUUUUGACAGAGCUACAUUAUUGUUCCAUGAAAUUUUUUAUCUAAUGCCAGUAAACUGAGUAAAAUUCUUUAUACAUCAGUGAGUACUCUUUUGACCUAUUGUGAAAAUUUUCUGGAAUUAAGACAAGAAAUGUCUUUUAUAUCAGAAAUAGAGCAAAUGUUGCAUGGCUUUGGAGAUUGCCGGCGACCUCUGCGUGAGACUGCUGCUCUCGUCGAGACAAUUGUGCACCAACAGAUUACCAGCCUUCUGCACCAGGCGCAGGAGGGCAGCGAACUGCGGGGCAGUUCUGAGGUGGCCGUCGAGGACAUCUUGUUUGUGAUGCGCCAUGACCACAUCAAACUGCAGCGCCUCCUGCAGUACCUAGGUGUGCUUGAUGAUAGCCGUGAAUUACAGCGCACUGUGUCUGGGGGAGAAGUUGAGGGAGGCGAGACAGCUGAUCGUAAGAAGCAAUGCAUUCAAUUCCUGCAGUCAAUAGACCAGCGGGGGCAGUAUGACCACAUCUUCCUGCACCAGCUGCCUGAUCCUGCCAAUACUGAGCGGGCGUACCGCCUGGAUGCCUUCACCCGACACAUGAGUCUUGCCAGGUACAAGGAGUAUUGUGAGGCGAGACGAGCAAGCUUUUGUCCCAGCCUUCGUGUUGGGAAGUUCAGAGACUGGCUCAGCAGCGACACAGGACUCAAUCUUAACCAGGCCGUGCUGGAGGUGCUGAACUUCCUGGCACGCGAGGCGGUCGCUCAGCUCGUCGACCUCGCGCUGCUGGUGCGGCGUGACGCUGGAGGCGAUGACGUCACCGACGUCCUGCACCGCUACACCCCCACCCUCAGCCUGCACCCCACCCACCCCGCCGUGCUGCUGCCCCACACCGCGGAUGAGGUGGGUGGCGCAGGCGCAGCUGGCGAGGCCAUCACGCCUGACGAGAUACGCGAGGCGCUGCGCCGUUACUUCGCCUGCUCCUCGCCGUUAGGCGCCUUCUGUAAGAUGCGCUCGCCUGUCGCCUGCAGACUGUUCAUAGCUUGACUUGUCAGCUGCAGGCUUCUCAUCGCUCGAAUCAUCCAUCGCCUGCAAGCUACCCAUCAGCCAUAGGCUACUCAUGCCAUAAUCUUACAUCAGCCAUAGGCUACUCAUGCCUCAAUCACCCAUCAGCCAUAGGCUACUCAUGCCAUAAUCUUACAUCAGCCAUAGGCUACUCAUGCCUUAAUCUUCCAUCAG